CCCCUCUGCCUCUCUCUCCCUCUAGUAGAAAAAAAGACCCAAUCCCAUCCUCCUCUUUUCCGCCAGCACCCACGCCGCCGAACCGCCUCCGAAGCACACCAGCCACCCCACUCGCCGCCGCCCCACCACCCCUCCCGCCGUCCUCCUCCUCCCCCUCCCCCCUUUUGCAGCAUCGGAUUUGCGUGGAGUGGAGAGAUCUAUCAGGACCUGGGAUUGCUUUCUGCUGUCGGGUAAACUGAAAAAAAUCUGCACCCAAAAGUCUGAAGAUCACCAAUAACCUUGCAGGAUAACACUAGUGCUGAAUUCCAGAAAUGGAUCAUGGGCGUUAUGCUCCGCAGCAUGGAUGGGAGAACACCAGUGCACCUGAUGGGUAUGGUGUCAUCAGUGAGCCAGAUUUUAGGGCUGGUGUAUCCUACAAUGGUAGGAGAUCUGUGGAUGAAAGCUUUCCUAGAGAUUCAUAUGGAAGGGGUGCAUUCUGUCAGGAUGUACAUGAUAGAAAUAUGUAUCCACCACCACCCUCUGUUGGCAAUAUGUGGUCUCAGCCUCGGAGAAUUCAUGACGAAGAAUAUGCAUCUGCCAGAGAUCACAGAAGGCACGACACCAAUUAUCGCAAUGAUGGAAAGCACCAUGAGUUUGAUUCCUACAGAGGAGUUGAUAGACUCCUUGAUAAUUAUCAUGCUUCUGACAACUACCAUGAAUCUGGCAGUCACCGUGAUUUUGGUGUUGAUAGGAAGAAAAGGAUUGGAAGUAGAGACCGUGCGGAGUUUCAUGGUGAGUUUGAAGACCGUUACCACAGCUCUCACCAAAGCAGAGAGGACAGCUGUGAGAGAGAUCAUGAGUAUGGGCGUUACAGUUACGAUUCAGACUACGAGAGGGGCAAGAGAGAUAAUAGCUGGAGAAGGCGCGACUCAUGUGAGAGUGAACGUGAAAGAAGAGGGUUAAGUCGUGAAAGAGAUGGAAGUCCAUACAUGCGCCAUAGCCGUUCUCGAUCACGGGGGCAUGAUGACCGAUCAAGAUCACGGUCUAGAUCAAGAUCUCCUCGUGCCAGAAGUCGUAGUCGGAACCAAAGAGAUGGCUUUUAUGAUGAUAAUCGCUUUGACAGAAGAAGGGAAUAUGACUGGGAUGAAAGAAGGCGUGGUGAUUCAGUGGCCCCAUCAGCCACUGUUGUUGUCAAGGGACUAUCCCUGAAGACUAAUGAUGACGACCUAUAUCAGAUUCUUGCUCAGUGGGGCCCUCUACGCAGUGUCCGUGUGAUCAAGGAACGAAAUUCUGGCAUGUCUCGAGGAUUUGCUUUUAUUGACUUCCCUACUGUGGAAGCUGCCCGUAGAAUGAUGGAAGGUACUGGAGAGAAUGGCCUCGAAAUUGAUGGUAGGAAUGUGUUCUUCGAGUACAGUAGUAAACCAACUGGUGGGAUGAGUGGGCCUUCUCUUGGACAAGAAAAUUUUACAAGGCCUACCUAUGGGCACAGGACUGUUGCUGCACCAUGUGAUUGGAUAUGUGCUAUAUGUGGAUGUAUGAAUUUUGCCCGCAGGACCUCCUGUUUUCAGUGCAAUGAGCCUCGUACUGAGGAUGCUCUUCCAGCUGAUGCAACAGGUCCUACUCCGCUGUUUGGGAGGAGGGGAUCUGAACUAGGUCCAACUCAUGUUUUAGUUGUUCGUGGCCUGGAUGAAAACGCUGAUGAGGAAAUGCUUCGGUACGAAUUUGCUAAGCACGCACCUAUAAAGGAUAUCCGCCUUGUUCGGGAUAAGUUCACUCAUGUGUCUAGAGGUUUCGCCUUCGUGCAUUUUCAUUCAGUGGAAGAUGCUACGAAAGCUCUUGAAGCUACAAAUGGGAUUACACUUGAGAAAAAUGGUCAGGUUUUGCGUAUAGCGUAUGCUAAAAGUACACAUGUACCGGUGUCAGGGGCUUCUCAGUCGAACAGCCUUGCUGUAGCUGCCAUUGAGGCUGCAUCAUUUGCUCAGCAGUAUGAUGCCAUAGGUUGGGCUCCAAAAGAGUACAAUGCUGAUGACAAACUCAAUAGCGAUUCGGAAUCUCAAAAAGAGGGUUCUGCAGCACAGUCAGGAUUUGUUUGGGAUGAAAAGUCUGGUUACUACUAUGAUUCUGCCUCUGGAUUCUAUUACGAUGGAAAUACUGGCCUUUAUUAUGACAGUAAUUCUGGAGUUUGGUAUUCAUACGAUCAACAAACUCAACAGUAUGUCCCUUGUAAUGACCAGAGCAAUACUGAGGCGGCUGGGGAUGUGGCCAAUGAAAAUACAAAGUCCUCAGAAAGUAAUAGUAGGAAAAAGGUUGUGAUUUCUGCGCCUGCAGCCACAAUUAAACAAAGCGAGAAAACUUCAUUGCCUGAGGCUGUUCAAGCUGCUGCAAAUGCUGCACUGGCUGCAGAAAAGAGAGAAAAGGAGAAGGCAAAAGAGAUUAAGUUGGCCUCAAAAACUAGUCUCUUAGCUAAUAAGAAGAAGAUGAACAAUGUCCUAGCUAUGUGGAAGCAAAGGAAUCAAGAAAGCCAGGCUGCACGAAUUGUCCUUGAUGACAAAGAACCGUCAAACUCUGAUGAUCAAUCUAACAAUACACACAGUGGAACUGGAUUCUCAUUGAAAAGCAAGCCUAAAUCUGACUUUGGAAAUGCUAAGGAUAUGAAUUCAGCUGCAAGUUAUAAUUCUCUUGGUCAAGGAACCGCAACCACCCAGAUGCUGGAUUCUGAUGUAAAGCCUAGACCUGUCAGUAACAGCUUAGGAACUACAGUUAUGGGUGUCAUAAGAGGUUCUGCUAGAGGAGUAAUCAAGUCGGAUACUGCAUUUCAUGCAUUAGCUGAUGCUGGAAGCACCAACUCCUGCACCACUUUAUCCACAAGCAUAAGUGCGUUAAUGACAAAUGCAGAGACACCUACAGCUUCUACACCCUUCAAAACAGAUAUAUCUGCCUUAGUCUCUAAUACUUCAUCUGGAGUUUCUGGGAGUGGUAAACGUCGGUUUUCGGAGGCACCGGGACAACCCCAAUACAGAGAUCGGGCUGCAGAAAGACGAAAUCUGUAUGGAUCAUCACUUGGCAAUGAUAGUGUUGGACUGGAUUCAACUGGUGACUAUCCAUCCCAAAAGGGUUCAAGUGAGAUAGGAUCGAUGCCAUUUCCUCCUGGGGUGGGUGAACGAUCUAGCGGUGAAAUUGGCAACAGUGAAAACUAUGAGGUUAUCACUGCUGAUAGAGCAAUUGAUGAAAGCAAUGUGGGCAACCGUAUUCUGCGCAACAUGGGUUGGCAGGAGGGACUGGGUCUGGGAAAGGACGGUAGUGGCAUCAAAGAACCAGUGCAGGCAAAAUCCGUUGACGUCAGGGCUGGGCUUGGAAGUCAGCAGCGCAAACCUGAUCCGUCGCUGGAGGCCCAAGCUGGGGAUAGCUAUAAGACCAUCAUCCAGAAGAAGGCCAUCGCAAGAUUCAGGGAGAUGUCCUAAACUAUUUUCUUAAUUUUGCUGUCGCAUGUUGUAGUUCAUUUACUUGUGGUAUUUUUUAUCUUGCUUGCACUGUUUGCUUGUGCUUUGUUCAGAAGCCUAGCCGCUAAGUUGUGUAUUAAAUCCCCAAGGAGCACUUUGUUUAUCUUAUCAUGUAGCUCGAUACCUCUA